GCAGCCCGUUGCCAGGAUACGGUGCACCGCCAGCUCCUCCGUUGAACACCGUUUGGACGCAGACAGAUGCUAAUAAACGGAACUCGGACCGCGAGUUAAAGCGUUUAAAAAAACAACAAACGGUCGUUUAACGUCUGAGACACCGUCUGUCUGCGGUCUGGGUCGAGGUGCCCGGUUCCAAACGCCCCGCUGUCGGCUUGUUGUUAGUUGCUGGGUGCUACUGUUAGCGACUGGUUGCUAAUGCUAACAGGUAGUUGCUACGCUAACAGCUAGGUUCUAAUGUUAGUUGGUGUGCUGUGGUGUUAGCUGCUGGUUGCUACUGUUAGCAGCUAGUUGCUAAUGCUAAGAGCUAGGCGCUAAUGUCAGCACCUAGAUUCUUAUUGUAAACUGCUAGGUGCUACUGUUAGCUGCUAGGUGCUACUGUUAGCCAGCUGGCGGUUUGGUUUCCUCAAAGCGGAGAAAACUUUAAUUUAACGGGCAGAAAACAGUUAAAAGUGCCCAGAAGUUGGUUUGAAAGGAACAUUAACCGAAUAACUGAGCUGUCCGGUCCGUUCCGGUCAGAGAGAAACCGUUAAACUGCUCCGAAGCUCGGCUUGAACGUCCAGAGACGCGGUGGGCUUGGUGCUAGCCGCUGUGGUCCGCCUAUGGAUCGGGAUGACCGGGAGAGGGCCGGCCGCCUGCUGAAGAACCAGCCGUACGACGAGAGCCUGGAGGUGGGCGACGGAGAGGAGGUGGCCAGCGUCUACAGCCUGACUCCCCGCGGCCAGCGGCAGUCAGAGUCCAGGAGGAACCGGCGGGUUCGAGGCCUGAUGUCGGCCAACAGCAGCAGCGACGAGGACCACAAGCCUCCGAGAGCCAAAGAGCCGACGGGGGUCAGUCCCAACGAGGAGGAGGAAGAGGAGGAGGAAGAGGAAGAGGACUCCGACGAGGACGAUACCGACGAUGACGAUGAGCAGACGGAGGCUCCAGAGGGAGCGUACGACCCGGCCGACUACGCCAACCUGCCCGUCAGCACCGAAAUCAAAGAGCUGUUCCAGUACAUCACACGGUACACUCCUCAGUCUAUGGAGCUGGAACACAGUCUGAAGCCGUUCAUCCCAGACUUCAUCCCUGCUGUGGGAGACAUCGACGCCUUCCUGAAGGUGCCGAGGCCGGAUGGUAAAGCCGACAGUCUGGGCCUGCUGGUUCUGGAUGAGCCCAGUGUGAAGCAGUCGGACCCCACAGUGCUGUCACUGUGGCUGUCAGAGGAGACCAAGCAGCAUGGAGCCACAGAGCUGAAGAAGGUGACCAGCGUGGCCAGUCCUCAGUCCAACCCCCGGGCCGUGGACAGCUGGGUGGACAGCAUCAGCGCCCUGCACCGCUCCAAGCCCCCGGCCAGCGUCCAGUACGGCCGGCCGAUGCCCGACAUCGACAGCCUGAUGCAGGAGUGGCCGGCCGAGCUGGAGGAGCUGCUGGGUCGCCUGCAGCUGCCUCCGGCCCGCCUCCGCUGCAGCCUGCCGCAGUACGUAGACCUGGUCUGCAGCCUGCUGGACGUCCCCGUCCACGGCAGCCGCAUCCAGGCCCUGCACCUCCUCUUCAGCCUCUACUUGGAGUUCAGAGACUCUCAGCACUUCACCCGCAGAGUGUAGGAGCACCUUCUUAUACCAAGGACAUGGGGACUCUGAAGCACACAGAUGAAAAAGAAACGUCAAAAAAUACCAAAUAAAUACCAAAAAAUGUCAAUAAAUACCAAAAAACACCAAUAAAUACCAACAAAUGACAAUAGUUUCAGACUUCAGAGACGACUGAGUGUCCAGAUCAGAGCCGAGGUGCCACAGGUUCGUGUUUUUCUGCUCAUGUUGGACAAAUUUUUAGUCGGUUUGUUUUGAACAGAUUUUCAAUAAUUUCCAGCAGAUCUCAAAGUAAUACACAAUUUUGAGUGAUUUUUGGACAUUAUUUAGUCAGUUCAACCCAUAUUUCAGUCAUUUUCGACACAUUUCUGUCAUUUUGGAUCCUUUUUUCAGUAAAUUUAAACUCAUUCUGUAAUUUUGGACAAACUGAGGUUUGUUUUUUUUUUUUUUUUACAAGUUUUCUUUCAUUUCUGACCAUGUUUUGUUCAGAAACCUGCAGCUUCUCCUGCACAUGAAAGAACUCAUCUUCAUGUUUAUAGGAUUUCCUGGCUGAUUUUAACCAGAGAAGUUGGUGUUUGGAGAAUCAAUCUAAGCUGGAGUUCUGGAAUAUUUGGUGUAAAAAUUUGAUUUAAUAAGUUAUAAACAACCGUCAUGGUUCUGGUGAGUGCUCCAUCCUUGUCUUUGUCUUGUUUCAGGUCAUUCUGGACACUUUUCCGUCCAUUUUGAAAACUUAAUUUGCACAAAUAUUUAAUCAUCUUGUUUUUGUUCUUGCUUUGAGUCUGUUAUCUCUCCACUAUCUUUAUCUGACUGAUCUUCAAUAAAGCUGGACACAGUUUUGAGUGAU